AUGUUUUACCUAGACAUAUCCUUCUUCCUCCAAGAAAUGGAAAAGGCUCAGGCCAUUCAUUAGCAUUUCUCUACAACCCUAAGAAGUGGAAUACUAUUGGCGUUCCUUUAAAUAUUUUCUUGCCAAGAAUCUCAAUAUCCUGAGUUACAAUAAAAGGUGUGCUUUUUCUCAGUGGAGGUUCAAUUCUUAGAUUUUCCUAAGCAACCAGAAAAAAAGAUUAGAAAGUGCAGUUGCGGUAGUUUAAGUUGCUGCUAACAUGAAUGUGCAACAUUCAUCGAUCAUUAAGCUCUCAUUAUCCUUAAAAAGAUCAUCAUGUAAUAGCAUGUUCAAAAAGUCGUGGUGAAUGUCUUCAGGCUUGAGUGCCUUAUUUUUCUCUCUUCUCAAAUUUAUCAUAUCAAGUAUGAAUCUUCUCAUAGUUACGGAGUUCUCCAACAAUUCCGUCUCAGCUUUGCCUACCUCUUAUAUGAGAAAGUAUUUAAGUUUUACUACUUCUAUUGGUAUUACAAAAGGCAAGGUCUUAAAUCUACUGCUUUUCCUAUGCCAUUUGUUGGAAAUCUUUUCAAAUUGAAGCACGUCUUUGAGACUUCAGAUAAAUACAGUUUAACUCCUUUUGAAGAGUAUUGGAAAAGAUAGUUUGGGGAUGACGUACCACCAGUUUUCAGUGAUCACAGAAUACCAGAGGGAUCUGUUGUGUUCUCAGACCCCAAUUAUGUGAAUGAUGUUUUCACAACAAAAUCAAGAUACAUGGAGAAACAUCCAAAGUUUCACAGACUUGUUUGGAAUUUAUUCAGAGAUUCUGUUUUCUUUGUGAAAUCCACAGAAACAUGGGUAGAAAAAAGAAAGCAUCUAUCAACUGCCUUCUACAAAGAUAAGAUUAACAUAAUGAUUGCAACUGCUAUUGAUGUUUGCAAACAUAGAGUUGAUAAGUUAAGGCAGUAAGUGAAAGAAAAUGGCGGAAGCCUAGAAAUGAGUCUCAAUUUGUUUGUCUAGGAAGUUAUUGACGAUGUAAUAUAAGCUUGCGUUUUUGGACAAAAAAGUCUUGAAAGAAAGCUAUAGUACAACGUAUAUGGUUAAGAAUAAGAGCUAUCUGCUGGAACAUGCUUCAGAAUUGCAUUCCAUACAUUCAUAGAUAGAUAUAUUAAGGUCUUCAGAUAACUUACUGAUUUGUUUGACUCGAUAGCUGUUGACAAAGAUGAAAAAGUAAUCUUUGAGAACGGUAAUAGACUUAGAAAUUAUGUAUCUUAGAUGGUUAUCAAGAGAAGAGAAGAAAUGAAUGACCCCAAUUUCUAGUCACAAGGGGAUUUCUUGACUUUACUGUGCUAGGAUCCAUACUUCGAUGAUGAAACAAUUAUUACAGAGUGCACAACCUUCUUGGCUGCAGCUAAUGUUACUAACUCUAUAACUGUAACAAAUGCUAUGUUCUAUUUAAUGAGAGAUAGACAUAUUUUGGAGAAGGCUAGAGUAAAAUGCAGCACAUAAUUCAAGACUACAAGAGAGGGUCUUAAAGAAUUCACUGCUGAAUAAUGGAAAGCAGUAAUGAACUAUGAUGGGCAGUAUCCAUUUACUGAGCAAGUCAUAUUAGAAUCUUUAAGAAUCAAUCCACCAGUAACAUUUUCAAGCCCCCACUACUUUGUAGAGGAUACAGUUAUCAAUGGAGUUAAAGUCCACAAGGAUUCCUAAUGGCACAUUUGGAUGAGUGCUCUUCAUCACAACCCAAAAGAAUGGAGAGAGCCAGAGAAGUUUAUUCCUGAAAGAUUUGAUCCUGAAUCUGAGUACUACCUGACUCCUGCAGGUAAAAAGAGACAUCCUAUGUCUUUUGCUCCAUUUUUCGGAGGAAAGAGAAUUUGUAUCGGCAAAACCUUUGCUCAGCAUAUUCUGACAAGUAUUCUAACCAUCUUGAUCAAUCAACUUGAUUAUGAACUAGCUGAUGAGAGUUUAUAUCACAGAAAACCAUCAAACACAUUCUUGCAGUAGGAAUUCACCUACAAAGUAAGAGCUAAGGAACUCUAGUGA